AUGAAUCUGGGCAUUGGAAGACUGUCUCUCAGCAGUCUACUUGUUUUCCUUUUCUUCGCGACUUUCGUUGGUCAAUCGUCCGCGUCGUUGGGUGACCACCUCCCCGACUUCAAAGAAUGUGUUGAGAUUUGUAAAACGGAAAAUUGCCAGCACGGCAACUCAGUGCUACCCUUGCACCAUCGUCUGCUGCUAUGGACCUGCCCUGCCGAAUGUGAUUAUACUUGCCAACAUGUCAUUACCGACCGUCGCGUCUCUCGAGACCCUCCGAUGAUCACCCCCAUCGUCCAGUUCCAUGGGAAAUGGCCAUUCCGUCGCAUCCUGGGGAUGCAGGAGCCCUUCUCGGUGCUCUUUUCAUUCCUAAACUUCGCGGCACACUGGCAGGGCAUGUCGCGCGUCCAAGAGUCGAUCCCUACCUGGCACUCCCUCCGCAAAUACUAUAUGGCAUUUGGAUAUAUUGGGCUCGCCAGCUGGACCUUUAGCAUGCUCUUCCACACGCGCGACUUCCCUCUAACGGAGAAGUUGGACUACUUCGCGGCUGGGGCCAGUGUCCUGUACGGGCUUUACCUGGCGGUGAUCCGAAUCCUGCGCCUGGACUUGGAGACUCCCCCCUACCGCCCCACUUUGCGUCGCCUCUGGACAACCAUCUGCAUUCUCCUCUAUGUGAUCCAUGUCAGCUACCUCAGCUUCUGGUCAUGGGAUUACACGUACAACAUGGCGGCGAAUGUGGUGGUCGGCAUCAUCCAGAAUAUCCUGUGGACUGGGUUCAGCAUUGUCCGGUACCAGAAGUAUCUCAAGUUUUGGACUGCCUGGCCUGGUAUGAUUGUUGCAUGGAUCAUCUUGGCCAUGAGUCUCGAGUUGCUGGAUUUUGCUCCGUGGCAUGGAUUGAUUGAUGCACAUAGCCUCUGGCAUCUGGGCACAGUGGUCCCCACUGCCUGGUGGUACUCAUUCCUGAUCAAGGAUGCGAAAGACGACAUUGCUGGACACAGACUCAAGGUGUGA